GAGGCGCAGCCAAAAGGACGGGAUGGAGCUCCGACUCCGCCGGGCUCGUUCCCGCCUCCAUUACCACCUCCUGGAAGGACGGCGGGAGGCCUUCCCUCCUCCUCCUCGGGUCCCGGGAGACCGCCCACAAGGUACUACGGGCUCCCCACCACCACCACCACCUCUCCGCGCCCAUCGCUUCCUCAGGAGCCAGCCUUCCAGGAUGUCUCCCGGCACCCGAGGCGGCGGAGGGGUGCCUAGCCGGGGUGCCGUCGCCGAAGCGGCCGGACUAACCGCCUCCGUUGCACAGCUGGGAUUGCUGCAAGGCAGCCGGGGUGUUCGCGUUUGAGGAAGAGCCCGGAGUGGUUGCCGUGAGUCAUUGAGGCGCGCAGCGGCAGCCAGAAAGAGGAGGGAGACGGAAGCGGCGUCGGCGUCUCUCUCUCUCUUUUUUUUCUUCCCUCCCUUGCCGGACGAAAAACUCGCCCUUUGGUCAGGAGGCGGUGAGCAAGAGGAAGCCCCCCGAUUUGCCCGUUGCCAGGCCUCGGAGCGCCGCUGCCUCCCCGCCGCCGGCAUUCCCGGGGACAGGCGAGCCGAGGGAGACGCACCUCGGGGAGGAGGGGGACCCGCGGCGAAGCGGGAGGAGGAGGAGGAGGGGAGGGAGAGCCGCUGGAAACUGCGCGUACUUAUGAGGGCAGACCCGGUAGGUGCUGGAGCCGCCGGCGAGGCCGUCGUCACCUGAAAGCGAUGGUGGUGGAUCCACCGACGGCGGCAGCACCACCACCACCACCAGCAGCGGAAGACGACGACGACGGCAGCAGCGGCAGCACAGGAGCGGCGGGGCCUGGCCAUUGUCUGCCAAGAUAUGAGACAUGAGUGUAGGACGCAAAAGAUUAAAAUUGCUGGGAAUUCUAAUGAUGGUCAACUUCUUCAUAUAUGUGAUUGUGGAAGUCUCAAAGAGCAGUAGCCAAGAGAAACGUUCAAGCAGACACGUUAUACUACCAGGAGGCAAAUUUUGGAAAAAGUAUACUCCUCACAAGGCAUAUUGGAAUAAACAGCAGCACAAGUUGGAACAUUUAUACAAUCCUGUUCUUGCAUUGCUUUCUAACAUGACUGUGGAAGAGAGGUUAUCCUCUAAUGGUAGCUUCUGGAGCUCUUGUGAUCCUGAUCCAUAUGUAGCUUCAGAACUUGCUGGCUUUGAAAACUUGCCAGAUAGAUUUAAAGACUUCUUCUCUUACUUGAGGUGUAGAAAUUACUCUUUAUUAGUAGACCAGCCACACAAGUGCAAGCAUAAACCAUUCCUGCUUCUGGCUAUCAAAUCACUUACACCGCAUUUUGAUAGAAGGCAAGCAAUCCGAGAAUCCUGGGGAAAAGAAAUAAAAUCAGGAGACAUAACUGUUGUGCGGGUCUUUUUGUUAGGUCAGACUCCUCCAGAGGACAACUAUCCUGAUCUCUCAGCUAUGUUGAAAUUUGAGAGUGAAUCCCACCAAGACAUUCUUCUGUGGAACUACAGGGAUACUUUCUUCAAUUUGACUCUGAAAGAAGUGUUGUUUUUGAAAUGGGUCAGUAAUACCUGUCCAGAUGCUCAGUUUAUUUUUAAGGGAGAUGACGAUGUUUUUGUGAAUACUCAUCAGAUCCUGGAUUACUUGAAGAGUUUAACCAAGGAAAAAGCCAAAGACUUAUUUAUAGGUGAUGUUAUCAAAGAUGCUGGACCUCAUCGUGAAAAGAACGUAAAAUACUAUAUUCCUGAGAGUAUUUAUGAAGGCUCUUAUCCUCCAUAUGCAGGAGGUGGUGGGUUUCUCUACUCUGGUGAUCUGGCAUUGAGGUUAACCAACAUAUCAGACCAAGUCCUUCUCUAUCCUAUUGAUGAUGUGUAUAUUGGGAUGUGCCUUCAGAAACUUGGUCUUGCUCCAGAAAAACACAAAGGUUUCAAGACAUUUGAUAUCGAUGAGAAACAAAGGAGUAACAUUUGUUCCUACACAAACCUAAUGUUAGUCCACAGCAGGAAACCUCAAGAAAUGAUUAAGAUUUGGACAGACUUGCAGGAUCCACAUUUAAAUUGUUAAAUGCAGUUGUGUCCAAAAUCUCUUCCCAUACUUCAGUUCAGAUUUCUUGGCAAAACAGUUAAUGUGUUGUCUUCAUUUAGUGGCUUACUUUGUAAACCAACAUUAGAUAAAAUGGAUGACCCUGUACUUCUUGAUGUGUGACUACAUCAGUUACAGCUUGCAUUCUGAGGAAAUGUCACAAAAACACAGUACCUUUCUUUUUGUUAUCACACAUUCAGUGCUUUCACAAAUAAAAUACUGAAAAACCAUAGCUUUCAGAAGUUGUGAUUAAAUCAAGCACUGCUUAAGUGACUAAUUGGCCCUAUGAUGUUGGAAGGGCUUUCCUGUUUUCCAGUGCUAGUGGCUAUGUAACUAUGAUAGAAUCCAAAUGCUGUUUGACCUAUUUAUUUUGGAGAAAAGAUCUUGGGCCACCUCUUGUAACUCAAAGGCAGGAAAGCAAUGUUAACAUAAAUAAAAUUGACAUAUACCCUGAUUACUGAAAAUUAUUUUUGAACAGCAUUUAAUUAAUUGUGGUGGCUACAUUCAUGCAAUUCAGACAUUGCAAUGCAUUUAGAAGUUCAGAUGCUUUAUGUAUCUAUUGUUGAGAAACUAGCCUAAGGUUGGAAUUAUGAUUCUGGGAAGUUAAGUAUUUCUCAUUAUCAAAUGGCUAAUGGACAAAUAUUGCAGCUUUUUCAGUGAGUCUCAAAGCUACACAGUCUCCUUUUUUAGAGAGAUACAAAGCUUAACAUUUAGUCAGUUGCUGACUUUCAUGUUGACUUUAAAGAACAGGCAGCUUUACUCACUCUGAUAUGUGAACUUUCUAAUUGUUUUAAAAAUAUUGAGCCUCCUAUUUGCUGAGCUUACAACCUCAUGAAAAUGUGAUUGGUUAGAUCGUAGAAUUUAAAGUGAAUCCUGGUAUAGCCAAAGGAUAUCUGAAAGGAGUAGAUCUUAAAACACUCUUAAAUUUCUGCCUGCCAUAUCUUCAUCUGUGUUAUAUCGAGACAAUUAUUCAAAACAGUGACUGCUGUCUUUAUAUAAGUAGAAGUGCCUGUAUUUAUUGUCCAGACUUAAGACCAAAACACUUUCUUAAAUAUGUUUAAGAAACAUAUGUAUAGUGUUGUCAGUCAUAUUUAAAUAGAUUACACCAUUUUAAAUGUGUUGAAAUAAAAAUUGUUAAAAUAAAUUGUUUUUCCAUUUGAAAAAAAUGAUUUGUGUAUAUUCCACUGUUUGUGUAAUACAACUCAAGAGUAUGCAAUCACUAACUGAAUAAUUUGUUUAGAAUAUGUUGGAGCAUUCACAUAUAAGAAUACUCUCAUGACAUUCUCUAUGUUGUUGUUUUUGCAUGAGCACAAAGCCAAUACAAACGCAAUGUGCAAAGUUUGAUGAC